AUGACUAUAGUUGGCACUGUUGCUAAAGGUUCAGCAAUUCAUAAGCAACUUGAAGAUUAUUACCGGCAGCCUCCAAAUUUCGUAGUACCCUAUUUUAGUAGUUCCUCCCUUGCUGGUAAAGAAAAUAUGAAUCCUGUCUCAAAUGGGCAAGCACUGAAUUCAAAUUCAAGUUUGAAUCGUGAAAUCUCUGCUCCACCUUCCACUGUGCAGUGUGAAUCAGAAAUGGCACCCCUUAGCACUCCUGCUAAUGAUUAUGAUGAGCUACAGCUUCAGCAGAUAUCAGAUUGUAAUGUUAAUAACCAACAGCAAGAACAGAAUAUUUCGAUUUUGAAAGUACAAUUGAUGCAUCUGAAGUACAAAUGCCAACAGUCCAAACAGAAACAUUAUUUAUUGAAACUCUUACAGACAAGCAAAAACAAAUUGUAAUGGCAACAAGAGGACAAUCAACGAAUCCUGCUUGGUUUGAACAAAAGCGAAACAAUAACUGCUAGUAUCUGUAAAGAUGUCUUUUCUCAUAUGCAAAAACAAGGGUCAAAAUUACCAGAAAAUCUAGUAAAAAAAUUACAACAAAAGGAGCACCCAAAAAAAUGGUCAGCUAUUGACAAGCAUAACAUCUUAAUUAUAAAAGUAAAGGAUUGAUUUUUGGUAUUGAAAAUCAACCUGUGGCGCUGAUUUGUACAAAGAAUAUCUCUUGUCAUUGCGAGACAUCAAGGAAGUGACAGUUAAGAGAUGGGAUUAAUUUUAGGCAAAGAAAAUGAUGUUCUUGCAGCAAGCCCUGACAGAAUGGCAACGAUUGUGUAUGCCAAUGGUGACAUUGAAUACAGAAAUGUGGAAAUAAAUUGUUAAGAGUCCAAGCAGGAUAUGUCACCAGAGACUGCAAUAAAUAAUCAUCAAAAGGAAAGCAGUUUCCCAUUUAUGGAACUGAACUCUGUCUUUGAAGUAAACGAAAAUCACAAAUAUUGGUUUCAGUGCCAGAUGCAAAUGGGGGUCAGUGGAAUUCCAUUAACUGACUUUGUCAUAUUUACCAACAACAUUUNAACAAGAGGACAAUCAACGAAUCCUGCUUGGUUUGAACAAAAGCGAAACAAUAACUGCUAGUAUCUGUAAAGAUGUCUUUUCUCAUAUGCAAAAACAAGGGUCAAAAUUACCAGAAAAUCUAGUAAAAAAAUUACAACAAAAGGAGCACCCAAAAAAAUGGUCAGCUAUUGACAAGCAUAACAUCUUAAUUAUAAAAGUAAAGGAUUGAUUUUUGGUAUUGAAAAUCAACCUGUGGCGCUGAUUUGUACAAAGAAUAUCUCUUGUCAUUGCGAGACAUCAAGGAAGUGA